UGUCUGCUGACAGAGGAGGAGGAGAAAGCGCCCGGUCCUCUAGUCCUUGCUGCUCGCUUUUACCGUCAAUCCCACAAGCAGUCGGGUUCUACCGGAGUGUGCCCGGGGCUGUGGACUUAUUUUACCCCGGGAAUCAGAAGUGGACACCAACGAACUAUUCCAGAAGAUGUUCUUCUUUCUGCUACCUGUCGUGGCUCUCUUGCUGAGCAGAGAAACGGUGGUCUCCGCUAACAAUAAUGAGAAAUGGCUGGGAACCGUGGCUCAGUAUAAGGACAGAUCCUGGAACAGAUUCAGAGAUGAAGCAGAGGAUGACUACUUCAAAAGCUGGGCACCUGCAAAGUCUCUCGAUCAAGAGCGAGUGGCUGAACCUGGCCGAUAUGGAGACCCAAGAACUAAAGCCCACUCCAGCUCAGCCAAAAAGACAGUACAAGAUGGACCAGAUGCCACCAAGGAUCCAUGCCUGAAGGUUCGCUGUCCUCCUCACAAGAUCUGUGUCAGUCAUGACUACCAGACAGCGAUCUGCACCAAUCACAAGCAGCCAGGCCACAGUGUGAAACCCAGGAAAGGCAGUGUAGGCCACAAACAUAGGCUUGAAGCUGGUGCUCAUGGGAAAUGCAGGCUCUGCUCAGCCCUCCAGUCAACUCCUGUUUGUGGUUCUGAUGGGCACACUUACUCCUCCGAGUGUAAAUUGGAGUUCCAGAGCUGCCUGUCUGGGAAGAAAAUCUCAGUGAAAUGUGAUGGGCUAUGUCCCUGCUUGCCCGGUCAAGAGCUCAGCAAACCACUGCACAAUGGCGAGAAGGCUGCUUGCACUGAUACAGAGCUUCACAGUCUCGCUGCCAGACUGAAGGACUGGUUCGGAGUUCUCCACCUCGAUGCCAACAGAGACCUCAAAUCCUCUGACAGCUUUGACUCCACCACUGGACACUUUGAUACAAGCAUCCUGCCCAUUUGUAAGGACUCACUGGGCUGGAUGUUCAACAAGCUAGACAUGAACUUUGACCUACUCCUGGACCAGUCGGAGCUGAGUGCCAUCUACCUUGACAAGUAUGAACUGUGCAUGAAGCCUCUCUUCAACUCCUGUGACUCGUUCAAGGAUGGCAAGCUUUCCAACAACGAGUGGUGCUACUGUUUCCAGAAGCCCGAUGGACUGCCUUGUCAAACUGAGAAGAGCAGGAUCCAGAGUCAGAGUCGAAGAAAGAGCCUCAUAGGCACUUACAUUCCCCGUUGUACUGAUGAGGGCUACUUCAAACCAACUCAGUGUCACGGCAGCACUGGCCAGUGUUGGUGUGUGGACAAAUAUGGCAACGAGAUAGCUGGCUCUAGAAAACAAGGCAACCCCAACUGUGAUGAGGAUCAGGAGACAUCGGGGGAUUUUGGCAGUGGUGGUGCGGUCAUACUCCUCGACGAUCAAGAAGAGGAGCCAUCACAGACCGGUCGGAGCCGGCAGAAGAAGAGACGGGGCCGCAUCCAUCCCCGAGGGACCAUCGAGGACGACGAGGAAGAGGACAAGGAUGACGAAAUCGGCUACGUUUGGUAGCUCCGCUCCAUUUUCCUUUGCCAUCAGCUGACCAGGAAACUCCGUUAACUCAGCACAGAUCUAAAGCCAUUCCAAUGUCUCUUCCUCCAGUUAUCUUGGCAGCAGUCCAUCUCCUGGCCCCUCAACCUGCUACUGCAAUCUCUGUCCCUCAUCCAAAUCUCUCUCUUCAGUGAACCUCAUCUGACCUCUUCAUUUUCAAGCGUUUCACUCUGUCCUCAGACAGAAAACAGAGAGACUAUUAGAUUUCAACAACUGUCAAGCCCCUUUUAGAAUUCUGCUCGAGCUGUCCACUUUCUGCCUCCACGUUCCCCCAAACCUGUGAUCUUAAACACCUUCUAACAGGGACUCUAUUAUCUCUGUCACUCGUUCCAUCUUCUUUCAGUCGUUCUCUCUUUCUCCUAUCACUGUAUGUCCAUAUCAGAAUCUCUGGUCAGUCUAUGAGCCCAGAUAUGUUAGCUGAUGUAUUGGAUGUAAAUAUGUUUCCUGAAGGGAGGCCAGGCUAUGGACUACCUUCCCUGUUGCUCCAUCAGCGGCUCAUUCUCAUAUUCUGUGUCCCACCGUCGGGCUCCUUCCGGUGUUCAAUGAUGUUUCUGCAAAUUGCUGCCACAGUUUAAGGCUCUGAGAUGCUCCUUCUCCCUCUCUCUCUCACUCUCUCUCUGUUGUUUUAAGGAGGAUUGUAAAAUAUUUGUUGAUCUUGAAUGUUCCAGGAAGCCCAGGAAACAAUGAGAUUAAUGAUGUAUUGUCGUUGUUGUUGCAUGUUUCUCAUCGUGUUUCUAUAAAAGAGAGAUUUACCUGGCCAGGUCUAGCUCUAUGCAUCUCAAACAGAAAGUGAUGCCUAUUUGGCUGCUACAAUACUUUGUUGCUAUGUUGAUGCUGUCUAGUGUCUUUUUGGUUCUUCUCCCAAUCUCAGGAGGUAGGAAGUUGCAUUGCAAAGUGUGAUAGCAGUUAAGAAAAGCAAACUGCGAAACCUACGGUCCAAAUCGGUUGGUUCUCAGCCAGCUAUUCUUCUACUAAUUGGUCAAUAGGGCUGCUGAGGAUUUUUGACUGCGCAUGGACACUAAGCUGCUCCUGAGCUGGGAGGACACAUGAAGUCAUGCAGAAGAAGAGGCUCAGUUGUGCGUCAAAGCGUUGGAUAUGUUCAGUGAUUUGAAAUUGAAAUCUUCACCAUGUCAACUACGUGAACUUUUAUUUGUAACUUUGAGAAUUUAAGUAAAGUGGCACUUUGGGUGUCUUUUGAACCUUA